AGCAUAUAUGUAUUUAUAUAUAAAUUGGGAAUAAUUGUCAAUAAGUCAAAUGUUAUUGUCAAGUUUGACAUUUAGAUAGAUUAGGCAUGUCAACAUUGAUCCCACGUCGCGACGUAAAACAAUUUUCGCUUGUUUGUGAGUGGGAACAAUUGCUGUUGGGGCUAAUUACCUAAAUGUAUGUCCGCCCAUAUUUAACGCAAGAUUUACAACUCAAUUCUAAAAAUCGGACAUCUUGAUCUAAGAACAUAAACAACACUAAACGAUGUUGAUAGACUUUCCCAGCGUCGUUCGCAUAAGCCCGACCAUAAAAGGGGCACUACAUUGAAUCAGAGAUCAGUUUACAGCCAGCUUAGCUACGAAUUACAAACUGAUUUCACUAUGAAGUGGUUCAAUUUGUUUCUACUUUUCGGAGUUUUGGCUUUGAUCGGCAGCGUUGGCACCUUGACAGCCGCCGAGCCUGUACCGGAGCCCAAGGGACGACCCCACACAACUCGCCGACCGAGGAAUGAGAACGAUGAGGAUCGCCGCUAGCAGCCCAAGCCCAUAAGCUGCAUUAAACAAAAAACUAUUCGAGACGCACAAACACAAAAAAUUCUGGUUACGGUGAAAUGUUUCGGUUUGGAAGGAAUGCAAUUCGUUGAAGUUUUAGUUCUGUAACAUCGCAAGCUUGAGCAAAAAUAUUAUUAAACACGUUUUAAAUCAUUCGUUUAUUCGUUUAUAUUACCUGUUUGUAGUUGUAAUGCUAGAGUUAAAUUGGUCUGCUUAAAAAUAAACAUCUCAUAUUAUUGAUACAAUAUAUGUUUUAGUUGUAUAGGUAGGAAGGAUAUCAGAUAUAUAUAUAAUCUUUCACUAUUGCGGAUCAAGUUUUAUGUUUUUUGUCUCAAUUGAUUUGCUGGAAAUUUUACAUACAAUUACGGGCAUUAAGUGUUUGUUUUCUAAACUUAGAUUUAUAGCCAUUUACAAUUUGCACAACACGAAUCGAAUUGGGUUUCACAAUUGCUUAGCUACGUUAGUUAGUUGGGCGCCUAACAAAAUAAUUUGAAUUUAUCUAAAUUGCAAUUAUGGUUAGUUAGGGUUAUUAAUUCAAAUCCAAUGUCAGGGGACUUUAAUUUAUAGCCACUCGCAUUUGCAUUUUCCGUUUUGUUUUUUGUUUUCCGCGUUGCUUUUAUAAUUAAAUUUAAUUUCAAAAUGAAUUUACAAUUAAUACAGAUUUGAUUAGGCUAAUAAAGUUAAAUUGUUUGUAGUUGGAGCUGGUUUACGGCAAAUAACCAACGUGCUCUGUGGUUAAUUAAUUCAAUUAAUUAAAUGUUUACUAUUUUGUCUUAUAAUUGCGUGCAUAGAACUUACAUCUCUUAAAUAUAUUUAAUAAAUUAUGAACUUAUUCUGUUCUGCUGUAGUUUCAAAUCUGAUUUUAUCAAUUAUGUUUAGUGUUUUGUUUGUUGCUGAUAUAUGUAUCGUGCCGUACCUAUUGUGUUCACCUUAACGCCUUUACAGGUGGGUCUGGUAUAUGCCAUAAUCGAAUCCAUCAAUGCAUGACGAGU